AUGUCAGUGAAGGCGCUAUUGUCACGAGCCCGUGGAGAAUCUUCAAGAACUACAUGCAACUUGGCGGUGGCAGUUUGCGGCCCGGACUGGGUGUCUACGUUUGUGGAGAUCUACAGCACGGAUUUCACGUCAGAUCCUGGUGGCGUCAACCGCCUUUUGCGCUCUUUGCGAGUGGUUCGCACUGUUCGCCUCCUUCGACUCGUCAAGCUCAAGCGGAUAUUGGCGACGAUCAAGGACCGAAUUACAUCUGAGGCCGUGUUCAUCCUGCUCAACAUUUGCAAAUUGAUUCUUUUGCUCCUCCUCGUGAAUCACUUCAUCGCUGCAACCUGGUACCUGGUGGGCACAGUCUUUGAAGAAACCCAUAACUGGGUGGACGAAUACAAGAUGCGAAAAGACCAAGCAGGCCUUGGCUAUCGUUACAGCACAAGUUUGCAUUGGUCUCUCACACAGUUCACUCCGGCCUCUAUGGAUGUGCACCCUCAAAAUGUUUGGGAGCGCUACUUCGCCAUCAUGGUCUUGAUUGCGGGCCUGGUUCUGUUCUCCUCAUUCAUCAGCUCCAUCACUGGGUCAAUGUCGCAGCUGCGCAACAUGAAAGCCGACAAGUCCAAGCAGUUUUGGCUGCUUCGCCGGUACUUGAAGCAGCAGAAGGUGCCAAGGGACCUGUGCUUCAGAGUGACGCGCUACAUUGAGUAUGCGUUGAAGACAGUGGACGAGCGCGUUCCAGAAGAGAGAAUUACAAUCUUGACCAGCUUGACAGACCAGCUGAGGAACGAGCUCAAGUUCUUCACGCAUUUCAGGUGCCUCGUGGCUCAUCCCAUGUUUUGCUACAUCCGAAAAAUGAGCGAGGCUAUUUUGAAUCGCAUGAGCGGACGGGUGCUUCACACCAAAGAGCUGGCAGCGGCAGAUCCUCUUUUCAGCCUGGUGGACGCCGCAUCGGAGAUGUUCUUCAUUCAACAGGGCAACAUCCACUAUGGCCUUGUUCCAGAUCGUUCCAGGAAUGAAUUUUCUUCAGAUUGGGAGACCGCUUCGGUUGAUUCACUUCAUUCCUUCCAUUCCAUUCCUAUCACAGACGCAUCCACCGUUUUGGAGCAGGACGACUACCUGUGUGAAGUUGCUAUUUGGUGCAACUGGGCCCAUGUGGGCGUGGCACAGGCAAUGGAUGAAACGACCGUGAUUGGCAUUGACGUGAAGAGCUUCUGCGAUUUGACCCUCGAGGAUGCAGACCUUUCCGAGAUUGCAACCCUCUAUUCACGAAGGUUCGUUGAAAAGAUGAGUGAAGAUCCCACAUGGGUCGAGGUGAGCCAUGAGGACGCCAAGAGGCUCACGAGCCAAUUCUUUUUGGGACGAGAGCCGUGA